GGGGCCAGCGGGCACUCUAGAGGUCUUGAAGUCCUCGCGACCACACGCUCGUGGCCACCACCCCCAAUCUGGGGCAGUGGCCAACGGCAGCGAGAACAAGCAACAGAGGUGCCACACGCUCGUGGCCACCACCCCCAAACUGGGGCAUUGGCCAACGGCAGCGAGAACAAGCAACAGAGGUGCCUGCAUCCCGAAAGAAGCGUGCUGCUUCAUGCUACUGCCAGAAGAUGCGAGCAUGUUGGGCCCAGAGGAGGACGAGGAGGAGGAGGAGGAGGAAGACGAGGAGGAAAAGCACGGAAGGAAGGGGGCCCUGCGCGGAUGCACGGAGCAGCGCCGCCUCGGCGGCCCGCUUGCGUUUGAGCUUGAUAUCCUCGUCGAUGCCCUUGGAGGACGACCUCGACCUCGGAUCCCAAACGCUCCAUGCUGGCGCGAGGCGCCAUGCUAGUGGCAGGCAGGGAACGCCUUCGAACCGCGAGCAUCCGCGCGAAAUCGCGGCACGGUCGGGGGCGGCAGGAGGGGAGGAUAGAAAGAGAG